AUGUUGCUCAAAGCAGGACUCUUGGUCGUCACGCUCCUUGUUGGGACCAAUGCGCUCCCGACUCCACAACGGGAUUUAUCCUUUCUUUUCGCCCAUUCGGAAAACUCCCGUAUUGUCGGAGGUACCAACGCUGGUCCUACACCUUACAUGGUUGCAAUAGUCACCGGAGUAACCGUCAGUAACUUGAUAUGCGGCGGGUCCUUGGUCACCAGCAGACAUAUCAUGACUGCUGCUCACUGUAACUUGGCUGUUACAAACCAAGAUGGCAGUUUACUUAAUUCUCUUCGUGUAACCGUCGGCAGCAACCGUUGGAAUCGGGGUGGUUCUACGUACAGAAUCCAACGCAGUAUUGUCCAUCCUAACUACAACCACAAUGCAAUCAAGAAUGACAUUGGUUUCCUCGUAACUACCGCUAAUGUGGCGUUGUCAAACACAGUUAGCUUAGUACCUUUGAACUUCGACUUCGUCGGUAGCGGCGUCCCCGCGAGAGUUACCGGAUGGGGUAGAACUAUGAAUGGUGGAUCACUGUCUUCGACCCUUCGACAACUUGAAACAACAGUUAUUGAUGGUAACCAGUGCCGUACUCGAGUGGCCCAGCGCGCUCAAGAACUUAAUAUUCAAAAUUUCCCGGUUGUUGACCCUAACCUUGAAAUCUGCACCUUUCAUUCGAACGGACGUGGAACUUGCAACCGCGACUCCGGCGGGCCGCUGAUGCGCACGGACCGCAACCAGCAGGUCGGGCUCGUGUCGUGGGGCCUGCCGUGCGCGCGCAACGCUCCCGACAUGUUCGUGCGCCUCAGCGCCUACCGCGCCUUCGUCGAGCAGAGCAUCCGUUGA